GCGUGAUUGUUUAUAUGGAGAGGAGGAGCAUGUGGAAUCAGCAAAUCGAAAAGAGCAGUUGUGUUUGGUUUGCGGAGCUGCCAAGAGCGGGAAGAACGCGGACGAUGAAUAAAAUAUUUGGUAUAGUCUGUGCACUGGGACUGCUGCUCAUAUCUGCAGUGCCCGGAUGGGGACAAUCCAUGGAAAACACCACCGAGGUGACCCCAACGACACCCACUCCGGCAUCAACAACCACAGCAGCAGCUCCUGUGGCACCCAAACUCCUGGUGGCAAUACACUAUGAAGCCCUAUGUCCCGACAGUAUGUACUUCAUCCGACGCCGACUUCAUGAUGCUCUGCUGGAUAACAACUGGUGGCCAAUCACGGAUCUCAAGUUAUAUCCUUUUGGCAAGGCGGGGUUCUACAAUGAUACAUCCUCGGGUGAGAUGCAAGUAUUCUGCCAGCAUGGAGAGAACGAGUGCGAACUGAAUGCCCUUCAUGCCUGCAUCAUUGAGACACAGGAUAUCCAGAAUGCCUUCCGGUUGAUCUAUUGCAUGCUGAGAUCCUACGGAAACCAACUUGACAAGUGCUCCAACCACUUGGGUUUGGAUGUGAGCAAGGCCAGGCAAUGCAAGGACUCGCGCAAGACACCCGAGAUCCUAGCUCCCUAUGGCGAGGAGACCCUGAAACUGGGCCUAUCCUUUGUGCCCAGCAUUGUGUUUGAGAAUGACUUUGAUCCCUAUGCCCAGAGCAGUAUUCGUUACAAUUUCGAGUCGCACUUUUGCAAGCAAUACUUGAAAAAGUUCAAUAUCAAACUGCCCACUUGUACCUAAUUUUAAUACACCAAACAAAUAUAUAUGAUGAGUAAUGUUUUUUAAUGUGCAAAACCUAAUAAAUUAUAAUUACACUCUGCAGUACUGUCUCGAAAGCUGUUU